AUGUCCAGCACCGAUACAGCUGACGAGGUUGCCAAAAUAAGUCUCAGUCCUCCAAGAAAACCAACAAAAAAGUCCCAUCUCGAUGUCAAAACCAAAGAAAUUAUUUUAAAUAUUUAUAAGUGUGAAAUAGAAGAAAAUCCUACUCUAGCAAUAGAUGAGUCGAUAAUAAGAGUUGCACAUAAGUCAGGUUUGUCUACAGCAACAUUGGACAGUUUUUCCAAUUCUACAAGCUUUACCAUCAGAAAGCGGCGACAAAACAGUUUGAAAUGUACUCUUCCGCCACAAUUGGAGAAUGGAAGGUGGGUAGUAACUGAAGCAGAUGUUAAUCCAGGUGAUCAAGUGGACGUUAACACAAUAAUAAGAUUGGAAUGUCACAAAGGUUACCAAUUAUACCCUAAUAACUCCCUACUUCUUUGUGAUAGCAGCUGGGAUGAAACAACUUUUCCAAUGUGUCAAAAAAAAUGUCCCCCAUUUUAUUCAACGACAACUACCACGUUAACAUGUAAAGAUAUACAAAACGGAGCAGUACCUUGUGAUAAAGCCGUUGAUGGUACCUCUUUAACUUAUACUUGUAGCGCUUACUAUGAAAUCCUACCAGGCGGUAGAAAUACGCUUUACUGCAACGAUGGCACUUGGAACUUUCCGAAACCUAUAUGUGAACCAACUGCUCAUUGUGUGACCGAUAAUUAUGGUAGAGCUCUGAAUGAAACCCAAUUUCAAGUUGCUGCUGGAAAAGUUUACAAUGCAUACGAAGAUAAACGAGAUAUAUAUGCUCAGUAUAGAAAGAUUUUACAGGUAAUGUUAAUUGACGAUAUAGAAGGAGAAACUCGCAGAUACACCGCUGAUGUAGCUUAUCAUUACCGAAGAGCUUUUCAAAUUAGACAUAACUGUUCAGCCAGCAUGUAGUGAGAAUUACGAAUACCAUACAUUUAGCUAAUUAUCAAAUCGGAAAGGUAGCAGGUUGGGGCCUUACUGAAAAAGGAAAUGCUUCAGAAAUCCUUAAAGUAAUAAGCAUACCAUACAAAGAUGGUGCUACGUGUGCUAAAGAACUGCCACAAACUUGGGAAGAACAAUAUUAUUUUAUUGAUAAAAUUUGUGCUGGUCGUCAAAAUGAAAGUAUUGCAGUUUGUAAAGGAGACAGUGGAAGCGGACUUGUUUUUGAAAACCGAGAAGACCAUAGAUACUACCUUCAGGGACUCGUAAGCAUAGCACCAAAGUUAAAUAUGUUUGAGUGUAAUUACCAAACGAACGCCUUAUAUACUAAUGUUCCAUUCUACUACAAUUUUAUAAUCAGGGAAAUGACUAAAAAUCACUUAGAGGACUGCAUACUUCCAGCAUAUCCAAAAAAUGGGAAAUGGUUUAUCAAAGGUGGCAUAGAAAAAAAGCCUGGUGAUGUUGUAUCGUCUCUCACUAUCUUACGAUUUUCUUGUAAUAUGCAGUACAAGUUGUCUACGUUGAAAUCCUAUUAUACUUGUCAAAGUUAUUACAAUCAUCCUACUUGUCUCAGAGUAUGCCCUAAACUUUCAUUACCGACCGGAACACAAACACUUUGUAAAAACUACAAUGAUCAAUAUAUAGACUGUGCAGAUCUUGCUGAUGGUAGUAGUAUAACGUUUACAUGUCCAAACGGUUUUGUAUCAGACAGAGGCACAUCCACCAGUACAAGGUUCUGUCGAAAUGGAGGCUAUGGUAAUUCUCCACCUUCUUGUGUAGAUGUUAAACAAAAGCCUAGAUACGUCCCUACUACAUUAUCUAAAUCAAAAUCAACAAUUCAAAAUACAACAAACACACUAAUUAAACAAGACUCAUCUCAAGGGGCUAUAGCAAACGAGAUGUGUAAUAUCUACACAGAGAAUGCUAAGAAGAAUAACAAUUGCCCUAUUCCACUUUUUCCUCAUGUAACGUCUAGUGGUAUAUUCGCAGAAAGGGCAGAAUUUCCUCAUAUGGUAGAGGUCGGUUUCAAGGGCGAAAAUGGAACUGAGUGGCUUGUUAGUGGUUUUAUAAUUAGUAAAAAUUACGUUAUUACUGUAGCUCAUAGUACUAGGCCCCGUGGGAGAGAUGCACCUGAAAUAGUAAGAGCUGGUGUAACAGAUAAAGCGGACCUGUCAAAAGCGCAGAUAAGAACAAUUGAGUCUGUCUUAAUUCAUCCUGAGUAUAAACCACCAAUAAAAUACAACGACAUAGCUCUUAUUAAAAUUAAGGAAGAUUUUAUAUUUAAUACGUUUGUUAGCCCUAUAUGUUUACAUACCAGCGAAGAAAAUCCAGAUGUAAAAGGUAUUCAUUCGGGAUGGGGUUCAACAAAUUUUUUAGAAGACAGACCAACUCACAUGGUAAAGAUUCUGGUAAACUUUGACAGUAACGAAAGUUGCAAUAAGAAAUAUACCCGUAAACAUUUAGAAAAUGUGUUACCACAAGGCAUAAUAAAAAAUAAAUUGGUGUGUGCUGGAGGGAACACAACUGAUGGAUGUCAGAGCGAAGCUGGAGGUCCUUUGCAAAUUUUCCAUAGAGAUGAAAGCGGAAUGAAUUGUAUGUACGAGGCUGUAGGAAUUUCCUCAUUUGGAGCAGCUUGCGGAAUUACUAAAUAUCCUUCAGUAUUUACCAGAGUCUCCCAUUAUAUCCCAUGGAUCGAAGAAAAUGUCUGGCCUCAAAAAUAGACGAAGGAACUUUUGUCAUCUGAGCGAUAAAAAUAAGCAUAAAUAAAAUAAACUUAUAAGAAAUGUUUUAUUGGAGAACAGUGUGUAUUUUAAUAUCUACACUACAAUUUUUUAAAAUUUUGGAAUACGUUAAGUAAAACUACAUAUUUUUAAGACACAAAACUAUCUAAAGUUACACAAACUAUGUAAACAUGUCAACGCAUAAAUAGAACUGC